AUGUGACUCAAAGUGAGAGAGGGGCACAGGGGGAAGCUGUGAUUUGCACCGGGGCGCGUUCCACUCUCUCGGCAUCUGUCUGAUUCCUUCCUCCACAUUCGUAUGGAGUAAGCGGACCAAUUAGGCAUAACGACAUCGGGUUGGAAUUAAGACCGGAGAUUUCUACGUCAUUUUUUUAUUAUUUUUUUUUGAGGGAGUGUGUCCGCGUUGUCGAAUACUACAACAUCUGUCCGACUCUGGCUGCUCUUACUAACCUCACCCCUCUUUUCGUGCUCCUUGGGUCGCUCCCUCCUCCUCAUCCUCCACUUUGCUCUUCUCUUGACUACAUCGCCGUCUGGAUGAUAUCAUUUUGUGAAGUCAUUAUAGAAAUGUCAACGCCUGUGCUUCUAGGGACUGUGAAUAAGUCGACUUUCUCCACCAGCGAAUUCCGUCUGCUUUCUCAAAGUUUCUCAUUGGUGUAGAGCAGCAGAACAACGAGACGGAACACCGGAGUGGUUACCGGUUUGGCGUCUUAAAACUGAGCCCUGGUACAGUGAAAUGAGUUUCGACGGUUGAAUGACCAACAUCCAGCAGAAUAAUGGAAAAUGUAAACUUACCUGCUACUCAUAACGAUGGUGCCUGGGGGGCUUUAAAGUGAUGCAGGUCUUUCUGCAAUCCAAGUGGAGGAGACAUCUUGCAACAAGUGGUUUUGGUCUUUGAAUACCCCCCCCGCCAGCAGCCCCAUCUAGUACUUGCUCCUAAUCUCUGAUGGCUCUAUGGCCCAUCUUCACCCUCAGCCUUCUUUGCUGGGAGUGUUUAAGGCCUAUGGAAGCAGUUGCUGGCGCAACUCUGCCAAAUGACAAACCCAGGGGCCCCUUGGACUGGCUCCUGUCUGACAAGGGGCCCUUCCACCACUCACCAGAGUACAUUGACUUUGCAGACAAAAACAGACAAGGCUUCUCUACCAGAUACAAGAUAUACAGGGAGUUUGGGAGAUGGAAGGUAAACAAUUUGGCUGCGGAAAGAAGAGAUUUCUCAGAGUCUCCAUUACCUUUAACAUCCGAGUUCAUCAGGAAUAUUCGACUCCUCGGCCGCAGGCCCACCACCCAGAUGAUCACUGACAACCUGAUUAGGAAGUAUGGUACUCACUUCCUGUUAUCAGCUACACUUGGAGGAGAAGAAGCCUUGACAAUAUUUGUUGACAAGCGAAAACUCAGCAAAAAAGGAGAGGUGAGCGAUUACUCAAGUAAUUCAUCCACUGUCACUCUUGAGGCUCUACACCAGCUGGCUGCCUCGUACUUCAUCGACAGGGAGAGCACCCUGCGAAAACUGCAUCAUGUCCAGAUCGCCUCAACUGCCAUCAAGGUGACAGAAACCCGCACAGGUCCCCUUGGAUGCAGUAACUAUGACAACCUUGACUCUGUUAGCUCUGUACUGGUUCAGAGCCCUGAAAACAAGGUCCAGCUGCAAGGUUUGCAAGUAAUCCUUCCAGGCUACUUGAGAGAAGGUUUUGUGCAAGCUGCUCUGAGCUACAUAGCCUGUAAUGGUGAAGGGGAAUUUGUCUGCAAGGAUAAUGACUGCUGGUGUAGCUGUGACGCCAAGUUCCCAGAAUGCAACUGCCCAUAUAUGGACAUUCAAGCCAUGGAAGAGAGUUUGGAGAGAAUCACAGACACAUGGGGGCAGCUUUACAAAGAUUUUGAGGAAUCAGAUGAAUUCAAGGCAUUUCAUGCAAGGCUGCCCCAAACCCAUUUCCUGAACAUGUCCAUGAUCCAACACUUGUGGUCACUUGACAACUUGUUCCACGGGAGAUACGAGCAGCUGGAGAACAGCAUGCGGGUCCUUGCCAAGCACGCGGAGAGAGUCAUCUUCAAGCUUUUUAGUUUAAGUAAACGAUGCCACCAACAGCCACAAGUGCGCCUACCGAGACAAAAGUCUCAGUCCUACUGGCUGAGACAUUUCCAGUCCAUCUUGUAUUGUUCAGAGAACAAUCAGCUUGGUGCAUUCUCUGAGGAACUCCACAGCUGCAGCUGUCGAUAUGAACACAUCCCCUGUCAGCUCCCUCCACCCUGCUCUGUUGGCGAAGGCUCUGCUUGUGCAGAGUGUGCGGCAGACAACCACACCCGAUGUGGGAGCUGUAACCAAGGCUUCGCUCUGCUACAAGGAGCCUGUAAACCAAUGGUGGCAGACUCCACAGAAAACUACCUAGGAUUUGAAACAGACCUCCAAGAUUUGGAACUAGGCUACCUUCUUCAGAGAGCUGAUCGUAGACUUGAGGUCCAUGCAAUUUUCAUCAGCAAUGACAUGCGUCUCAAUAGCUGGUUUGACCCCUCAUGGAGAAAGAGGAUGCUACUGACACUGAAAAGUAACAAAUACAAGUCCAACAUGGUCCACAUGCUGCUAGGGAUAUCACUUCAGAUUUGCCUUACAAAGAACAGCACACUGGAGCCCGCCCUUACACUUUACAUCAACCCCUUUGGUGGGAGCCAUUCAGAAAGCUGGUACAUCCCAGUCAAUGAGAAUAAUUUUCCUGACUGGCAAGCCACCAAAUUGGACCUACCCUUUGAGUGUUAUAACUGGACCCUGACACUCGGUAACAAGUGGAAGACAUUCUUCGAAACAAUCCAUAUAUACCUUCGGAGUAGGAUAAAGACACCAAAUGGAGUGAAUGACAGUGUAUAUUAUGAACCUUUAGAGAUGACAGAUCCUGGGCGUAACCUUGGCUACAUGAAAAUUAACAGCAUCCAAGUCUUUGGCUAUAGUAUGCACUUUGACCCAGAGGCUAUUCGUGACUUGAUUCUCCAACUGGACUACCCGUAUACACAAGGUUCCCAGGACACAGCAAUGCUGCAGCUAUUGGAACUACGUGACCAGGUUAACCGGAUAUCGCCUCAAGGUCAACCGAGAUUGGACUUGUUUGCCUGUCUUCUCCGACACCGACUUAAACUGACUGCCAGUGAUGUGGCUCGCAUUCAUGCCUCCUUAGAGGCCUUCAGCUCCCGCCUGCCAAGUUCAAUGGAUUAUGAAACCACCAAGCUUUGCAGUUAACAGCUGCUGGGAGGGAGAUCUGACUUGUGAACUGUCACAAAAUAAUUACCUUAAGUAAAACGCACCAUUCGUGGUGCAUUUGUUUACAGUUGUUCCCUCUUUCAAUAGAUUACCAAACAAGGCUAAUUUAGAAUUGAGGGCUGCUGCAGAAUGUACUCCAGUUGUUUGUUUUGUCAAGACCACCUGUAGUGGUAUAACAAAGGACGGAGUGGAUUUGAAAAAAAUGCACAAUAUAUUUGAAAAUAAAACUUAUAGUGCAGUACAAAUUCAGAUACCACUUGACUAACCAUAUCUGAAGACUGCUCAUUUUUACUGGCAAGACCAACUCAAUGAAUGGACAAAUUAAUGCUAAAAUAUUGCAGUCUUUUUGUUUGUAAUUUUUAUAUGUCUAUUUGCUUUCGUAGGUGUGCGCUUUCCAUGAAGCCCAGAAUACAGUGGUGUCCAAAUUUUGUAGAUAAAUUGAUAUUAAAAUGUGCAAGUAAAAUAACAGAUACCAGAUGUUGGAUUAUUUUUCAUAUAUUUUUUGUUUUAUGUUUUAUCUAAAUUUACUCCGAAGUAACGGCUGAUUUAUUGUUUGUAGGAUGAUGCUCCCACACAGCACAUUGUUUGCUCUUCAUAUUUUCCCAUCUUGACUUUUAAGAAACACAUUUUUUCAAAAGAACUGUAGCUUAGCAGUUUUUGUUUCACACAAUAUUUUAUACUACUUGACAGGAGUAGUUUUGACAUGAAUUUUACCCGGCGGACAACACAAACGAUGGUUGACAAAAAAAAAAAACUAAACAAAAAAAAACAUAAAUGGAUGUAGCGUCCAGGUCAAUCCUGUCAUGCUUUUAUAUGUGUGCAUAUUUUAAUACUGCUUGGCGAUAACGGGGAAGUUCAUGAUAAUUAAAUUUAAGAAAAGUGGUCAAUCAUGUACUGUAUACUGAUGUCAACUUAAGCUGGCACGUUUUCAUAAUGAUAAGAAACACACAGUGGCCCUCACAAUGCACGUUUGUCAGACAGGCAAAACAUUUUAGCACAUUUUAAACCUUCUCAAAGUUCAAAUUUCGUCAUAAUUUUUAUGAUGAACAUAAUUGAUUGGACAGAUUAAGUUAUUAAACGACACACAAUAUUCACUGCUGUGACCGUGCUUUGUCCUGCUGUUCGACUGUAGCGUUUUUGUAUCAUUGUUGAAGCAUAUACCUCCUGCCAUCGUCCUCAUCAUAGAUCACUCUUAAUACACCACAAGGGUGCAGAAAACAAUGGAUGUCCAUAUGUUGUUAAAAAAAGAAUCUGAAUUGCUCUUACAAAAACCUGCGGAUCAGCAAGAGGUGAUCCGCUAUGUAGCAGGGGAACACUGUACUUUAAAUACUAUUUUAAGAACAUGUUGUACCUUUUAAUCAAUUUACAGGAAUAUUUUCUUGGCAAUAGGGAAACCAGUACGGUUUGGUUUCAGUCACUCUGCAAUGAGUGUUUUAAUUUUUAGAAAGUGAUUCUAUUAGUCCACAGCAACAUAAAAAAUGGAUGGUUGGAUGAAUGUUAAACACAUGCAUCCCUGUAGGGAUUUUUUUUUGGGUCAGUCACAAUGACCCAACACUGUUUGCCUCUGUACCAUCGGUCGGCAUUUUUUUUAUUGAUCUCAGACUAUCACCACUAAUCCGCUAUUAUUCACCUGCUCUGAAACACUGCAGGACAGAGAAAAAAGUUAAGCGCCUUAAUAAAACCAAAUGUCAGCACCUCAACCCGCCUGCCUCAUAUCAAAGAAAGCUGUUGGAUGAGGGCUGUAAUGGAUGGUAUAGUAAUCCCUCGUUUAUCGAAAUGAUUUGCUAGUAGGAUUCCUUAUAUAUUAAAGGAACAUUUUCAGAGAUGAUCACAAAAAAACAUUUUUACAACAUUCUAAAUACAGUUUUUAACACUAUUAGAGCCCUCUAGACAUUCAAUAACAUGCCUAUGGUCACCUUUACAUUCAUAUGACCCAAUAAAGUAAGACAUAAUAUAGACUUACACCUGUUAGCAUUA